AUGUUUGGAAAAAGUGCAUUGACAAGCUUACUCUUUACCUUUGGUGCAGCUUUGUUAUGUGCCCCGGCGGCCGUACAAGCCCAUCCCAUGUCACGCUAUCAUCCUUGGAGACGACAAGAUGGCAACGAGACAACAUCCUCUGGCAAUUCAACACAACUCAAGUACUCCACUCCCAAACUUUGUGACCCAGAUGUCAAGCAGUAUUCCGGUUACUUGGAUGCUGCCAAUGAUGAACAUUACUUUUUCUGGUUCUUUGAAAGCAAAAAUGAUCCAUCAAAGGAUCCCUUAACCAUUUGGCUUAAUGGUGGCCCGGGUUGUUCCAGUUUGAUUGGUCUUUGGGAAGAAAUGGGUCCUUGUCAACAAAACGGAACAGCGAACCCACAUAGCUGGCAUCAAUCCACCAACAUGCUUUUCUUUGAUCAGCCCGAUGGUGUAGGAUUCUCAUAUGGCAAGCAAACCGUUUCCAGAACCGAGGAUGCAGCUGAACGUGCAUGGACCUUCUUGCAAGCCUUCUAUGAAACAUUCCCUCAAUACAGCAAGCUCGAUGUGCAUUACUUUGGCGAGUCGUAUGGUGGUCAUUAUAUCCCAGGAUUUGCAAGCCAUGUCGUGGAUAUGAACAAAAAGGUCAAAUCAGGCGAGGAAAAGGGCGUCGUUGUACCCCUCAAAUCGAUUGGUGUGGGUAACGGAUUUUUCGAUGCCGGCCUCCAAUACAAAUCAUACCCCAAGAUGACCUGCCAUUCUACAUACCCAGCUGCGCUUCCUGAAGAACAAUGUGACAAGAUGGAGCAGAUUUAUGAGAACGAAUGCAAGCCUGCUGCUGAUCAAUGUGUCGAGAGCGAUGAAGAUAGCGACUGUGUCAAUGCCAAUCAACAAUGUGGUCAAAUUGAAGGCAUCUAUGCCCAAUCAGGCCAUAGCUUUUAUGAUAUCCGACAAGAAGGCGAUGAUACCCCACAUCCAUUUGUUGAUGAAUUGAACAAGGAUUCGGUUAUCAAAGAACUUGGAGCAAGAGGUCACUUUUCCAUGUGCUCUGAUUCUGUGGGUAUGGCAUUUGCAAAGACCGGUGAUGGUGCUCGAUCAUAUAUCCCUGUCCUCGAAAAGUUAUUGAAGGAAGGUAUCCCCGUGCUUAUCUAUGUAGGAGAUGCCGACGUCAUCUGCAAUUGGUAUGGCAAUCAAGAUGUUGUGGACGCUCUUAAAUGGGAUGGCAGUGAUGCAUUUAGCAAGACCAAGUUGGCAGCAUGGAAAGCUGACGGCAAGGAGGUCGGCCAAUUCAGAUCUGCUGAUAAGCUUACCUUUGUUCGUGUAUACGAAGCUGGUCAUGAGGUGCCUAUGUAUCAGCCAGAAGCAGCAUUGAACAUGUUCCAGACAUGGAUCAGCGGCAAAUCGUUUGGUUAA